UCAUAACAAAAAACACACAUUUUUGGUCCUUCAAAAAAAAAAAAAAAACACAAUUUUGGAAAAUAUUGCGUAAAAUGUUUUUUCUUCCCUAAAAUGUUGGUACACUGCAGGCUGCCGAACCAUAGAGAGCAGCUCCGAUUAACCGAACCAAAUUGCUGAAAAAAACCAACUUUCUGAAAAAAACCAACUUUAAACGGCCCUUUGAACUGAACCCCCUCUCAGUCUCUCUCUCUCUCUCUCUCUUUCCCCAAAAAUGGCGAUUUCAACACUCCAAAAACUUACCUCCCACAUCCACCGCUUCCCAACACUCUCCUCCCACGUCCCUACUCGAUCCUCCGCCACCUUAUCCUCCUCCAACAAAGUUGUCGACCGGAUCGUCAAGCUCUUCGCCAUCGACCCAGAAGGCCAGAAGCGUGAGAUAGUUGGCCUAGCGGGCCAGACCUUACUUCGGGCCUUGACUAACAGCGGACUGAUCGAUCCGGCCUCUCACCGCCUCGAGGAGGUGGAGGCUUGCUCCGCCGAAUGCGAGGUCAACAUCGCUCAGGAAUGGCUCGAGAAGCUGCCACUCCGUACCUACGACGAGGAAUAUGUGUUGGUAAGGAAUUCGAGGGGUCGUAUCCUGAACAAGCAUUCCAGGCUUGGGUGUCAGGUCGUGCUUACGCCUCAGCUCCAAGGUAUGGUUGUCGCUGUCCCCGAGCCUAAGCCCUGGGAUGUUCCAUAAAAAUUUAGAGAAAUAAAGAGAUAUGAGGGAAUUGUUAUUGUAUUUCUGUUGUUUUUGUGGGAGUAAUAAUAAUUUUGGUAUAUUGAAAGAAACGGAUUUCAUUUGUGAUUUUUGUGCAUUGCUGCCCCCAUGUGAUUUGGGUGCGUAGAAUUUAAAUGCAAGUUAUUCUACGGAUUUUGAUGUUAUUUUGGGAUUUUCUUCAAUGCCUAUGCUUCAUUAGGUUGCUGGAAAGUUUAGGUAAUUAAUUUAU